AUGGGAUUGUCGUCACCUCGCCACGACGUAAAGGGGACCGGGAGGCAAAGACGCAAGAGCGGUCAGUAUAAAGCACUCGCGACCGACCAAGAGGAGACAGUUGUGAUGCUUAAUGAAUCUUUCGGCCAAGGACUCCAAGACAACCAAGAAGGUUCAAGAGAGGAUUGUGAGGAGUGGUAA